AUGCAAGACACAGGCAACCUCCGACUUGCUGAAGAACCAGCAGCAGCAACAACAGCAGCCGCAGCAACAGCAGCAACAACAGCAGCAGCAACAACAGCAGCAGCAACAGAACCACAGCAGCAGCACCGCCAGCAACAGCACCAAAAACAACAGCAGCAGCGCCACCACCACCACCAGCAUCAAAAACAAAUUCACAGCAGCAGCAGCAGCAGCAGCAGCAGCAGCAGCAGCAGCAGCAGCAGCAGCAGCAGCAGCAGCAGCAGAAGCAGCAGCAGCAGCAGCAGCAGCAGCAGCAGCAGCAGCAGCAGCAGCAGCAGCAGCAGCAGCAGCAGCAUCACCGUGAGUCUUGGCCACAGCAAUUCCAGAAAUCCAGUCCGGCACGGGCGGCAGCUGCUGCUGCGGCCCUCGCCUUCGGGCAAUCUCGUAGUGCAGGCGAACUGGGACUUCAGCAGUGAGGCCCAGCUGCUGCAUGUGCCUGCAGCAGCAGCAGCAGCAGCAGCAGCAGCAGCAGCAGCAGCAGCAGGAUGUGCACGGGCCAGCGUGGGGCACGCUGGGCUGGCGAAACAGCCGCAUGCAGUGGCCCGCUGCAGCGCCUGCCAGCUACGCCAACAGCAGCAGCAGCAGCAGCAGCAGCAGCAGACUACCCCUAAGCCAGCUAAGAAAGCAGCAGCAGCAGCAGCAGCAGCAGCAGCAGCAGCAGCAGCAGCAGCAGCAGACUCCCUGAGGGACUUGACGAGAAGAGUCUUGCAGUCCACGUAA